AUGGCAUCCGACGACCCAGCAGGGCUCUCAUCGGCCUCGGCUGCGGCCACGGGCAGCGGCAGCACCCGCCCGCCGCGCCACACAGACCUCAUCUUCCCCUCGGCCGAGCAGCACGCCUCCAUGUCCUCGCUGCUCGGCUCGCUCAAGCGCUCCACGCUGAGCGUGCAUAACCGCCUGGCCUCGAUCCACGCCGACGCGCGGUUUGUGUCGCGCGCGGCCGCGGCGCUCUCUACAACCACUGUCGCCACCACCACUGACAGUACUGCUAUGAAUACGACCAAGAACGGGAAGACGAAAAGGGGGAAACGACAACGGCAACGGCAACGGCAGCGACGCCCGCUCGUAGCGAAUGAGCGCUGCGGCAGCUGGUACGUCCCGCCGGGGGCCAAAGCCGCGAGCGCGUACUUCAAGAGCACGGAUGGGCACGAGCGGGCGUGGAAGUUUAGCACGCGGAGGCUGAACCUGCAUCUCGUUGAGAUGAUUGAGAAGAAUGACGGGUAUUACACCUCUCGCAUGCCCGACGCCCUCUCCACCACCGUCCCCGUCUGGUGCGCCGUCCUCAACCGCGUCCUCCUCCCGCACCACCCCCUCUCCCAGGAGCUGCACCUCCCGCCGCACCUCCUCCCCUCCACGCACGCCCAGGUCUCCGCCCUGCUGCCCGCCUUCGCCGACUCCCUGCGCGCGCUGCGCCUCGGCGACGCGCUGCCGCGCUGCCUGACCAAGCCGCUGCGGCCCCUGUGGGUGACGCAGGACUCGGCGCUGCGGUUCCGCGACGAGGACGUUGAUGUUGGUAACGAUGCUGAUGAGGGUGUUGACGGGAGGGAUGAUGACGGUGAUGGUGAUGGUGAUGGGGUAGAGGUCGUUGAUGAGGAGGGAUAUGAUCACAGCGGUAGCGGUGCGGAAGAGCAAGAAGAGGAGCAAGAGGAGGAGGAGGACGACGACGACGGCACCCUCUUCCAAGACUACCGCCCCGUGAUAUGCCUCACCGCCAGCAAGCGCAUCCUCGCCGGCACCGAGGCCGACGCAGGCGGCUACAUCCAAGGCGCCGCCGACGACACGGAGAACUGGGCCCACGGCCUCACCCCCUCGCUCUUCUGGGCGCACACCGCGGAGCUCCUCUCCGCCCCGGACGACGCGCUGCCCGACCUCAUCGCCUCGCUCGUCGCCUCUGCGUCCUCCUCAUCCUCUAUACCCUCGUCAUCCUCACCCACCGCUGCCACCGGCACCAGCACCGCCACAACUACCGCCGGCACGGCAUCAUCCCCCUCCUCCUCCUCCACCACCACCCCGCUCAUCACAACCCAUCGCCUCACGCCCCAAAUCUCCGUCUGCGCACUACCCCUCGGCGCCUCUGCCACUGCCCCUCCUCCCGCCCCCGAAGACAGCGCAGGCGCGCGGCGCGGACCGACGACAUGCCACAUCGCGCUGGGCAGCGCCCCUACGCCCAAGGAUACCUGGGUCCGGUCGCCCACGUACAUGAACGUCGGCCUGGGCAAGAACAAGACCGCCGCGCGGAACCUGCGCCUCGCGCUCCCAGAGAUAUGCUCCUUUGCCGCCAAGUUCCUGGAGAAGAGGGGCCCUGAUGACCAAGAUGGAAGUGGUGCAUCUCUGUCGGAGCUGAAGGGCCAGCAGAGGCCACAGAUCAUCAUCGGGUGCGAAUCAGGCAAGGACGUGUCCAUUGGAGCGGCGCUGGCACUGUCCUGCUACCUGUUUGAUGAUGAGGGCAGGGUCCGCGCACCGACCGAGGGUGCGUCCUUCACCAAGAUGCUCGUCAAGAUCAGACUCGGUGGCAUCAUGACGGCGUACCCGGAAUGCAACCCGAGCAGACAGACGUUACAAAGCGUCAAUAGCUUCCUCAUGGACUGGAGAAACUAG